AUGGCUGGCGGUUUAGCAAAGUCAGGGCAGACCACCUCCCGUUCAAGUUCGCGGAGAAAGAGCUCCAGGUCCAAUCAGAGAUCCGUCAAGUUCGACGACGAGAUCGUGCCGCCAUCAGAGGGAUCAUCGUCAGCGGAGGACAACAAGAAUCGGCCAGAGAGCCACGCGGAAGAUGGACCGUUCGACCAAGAGAAGAUAGACAAGAUAUGGGAGAAGCUCAAUACAGCCGACCCGUGGCCAAUCCAAUUUGCGAAUGUGAUCAGAGAGAGGCAGUCCGGGCUGAACAAGAAGUUGACGGCGAUCAAGGAGGAGAGCGCCUGGGACAAGCAGUCAUUCGAGGCAGAGAUUGCACCGCUUCUCCAAUCCGCCCUUGGAGGUUUCGCAAGUGGUCUCCCCAGCGAUCCUCCUGACAAGCCUACGCCCAUUCACGUUCAGUUUCUGGGGGCGGAAGGGCAGAUGUACUGCGACGCCAUGGUCAAUCUCUUGAAGCAAUCGGGGGCCCUCCUGUUCGCCUACGACGAGCUCGCCGGCCGGCCGGCCUACACAUCCCGACUGCAGGAGACCAGGACAUCCUUUGAGAAGGACAAGGGAGUUAGCGUGAGUAGCAUCGAGGCGGGCAAAAAGAUCACAGGCAUGGAGAUCGAGAAGCUUCUGGCCGACAAGUUUCACGAGGUCAGGGAUUUGCAUGGCCUCACAAUCGAGGAGGAACAAAAGGGCAGAAUGCUCUUGUCACACGGAACGGAUCAGCAAGAGGCUGCUGUGUCGAAGCAGACGCCAGGAUGGGGAAAUAUCGCCCGAGACACAGAAAUGGCUAUUGAGAGACUCUGCUUUGCGGGACACGGACAAGCGAGUGAUCGUUGA